AUGGGCGCCUACCUGGAUCUGCUGCUGGAUGUGGUGGGGCCCAAGAAGCUGGUCCUGGUGGCGGUCGACGGCGUCGCCCCGCGCGCGAAGAUGAACCAGCAGCGCACGCGGCGCUUCCUCGCGGCCUACGUUUCCGGCAUCACGGAAAAAGUCGACAAGGAGGUGCGGCGAGAGAUGCAGUCAGAGGCGGGGGGGACCCUGCACCUGCCAGACUCCAAAAAGUUCGACUCCAACAUCAUCACGCCGGUGGGGGCCCGGGCGAUGACGCCGCUGCCGCCGCCGCCGCCGCCGCCGCCGCUGCUGCUGCUGCUGCUGCUGCUGCUGCUGCUGCUGCCGUCGCAGCCGCCUGGCACUCUCUUCAUGGAGUCUGUGGCCACGUGGCUGCGCAACUGGGCGCGACGCAAGAUCGAGGCCAGCCCGCGAUAUGCGGGCGUGAAGUUCAUCGUGUCUGACGCGUCAGAGCCCGGGGAGGGCGAGCACAAGUGA